CUUGCUCUCGCUCCUCCCAAAUCUCAGACUGCUGAUCUAGACCAUCUUAGCGCAUGCGACUCCUUACGCCUUUUGCUACAUUCACCCUUGCCACUUUGUUUGGGCCAAUAAACAGAGUACUAUGUAGCUCUCAUCAGAGCGAACAGGCUCUCUUUUCGAGGCCGUCUGGGACGGCGGGAGAUGAUUCCGACUCUUUCAAAUGGCGCUGGGAUGCUAAACCGGAUCCCGACGGAACGAGUAACAUGAUCUUCCGUGCCGUUUCCUCCCUGCUGCAAGAGUGGCCCAACAUGUGGUAUCGCAAUGGACAUGCAAUCAUGCCAGCAUCCAUACCUCCGGGGACCACGAUUUACCACGGCAGACGCGACACGAUAAUCCCUGACGAGCCCGACUGGCUCGCGUUUGAUCCCGACCACUCAUACGUAUUUUGUGCCGGGACAUGCGUGUUGCAGACUUAUGUGACGACAAGAGAGAUAAGGCUGGCGUACUUUGACGGAGCAAGUGGAUCCAACUUGCCGACAGGCCCAUUUGACACAUCAGAUCUCUUACUAUGGGGAAAGCCGAGGCCGGAAAUGUUGAUGCAAGAGUGGGAGAGGGCUGUAGAGAUCUGUGAUUGGGGUAAAAGAUGGAACUUAGAUGGGAUCAUAAGGAUGGAGCAUGACUUCGAGAUCGUUUAUUGCAAUUUUACGGACGGGUUAGAGCUCAUCAGCAAUUCCGAACUAAUUCCUCGUUGGGGCAGCCGACGACCUCCAGAGAACAAGGACAACACCACGAUCGCUGCCACGACCGUCGACCCAUAUACCUCUUCAUCCUCGUCUACCCUCAGGACUCGGUCCCAGUUCCUAUAUCCAUCCCUACAGACACAAAAUCGUAAACCACCGUUCCCACCAGGUGGCCCUGUCUAUAAUAUCCCAAAGGUCCCCGAGAAUUGGGAGGGAAGCCUCAGGGAUGGGGCGAGCUCGUGGUGGGAGACUCUACAGGCCGGGGGUAAUCAUUAUCAUUUUCCUGGUGAGACGAGGAUAAACAUUGGUGUUUCGAGGAUGGUUUCCUUCUUGGACGCGAAAUACAGCAGUCUGAAGGAACUUAGGAAAGGGAAGAAGUUUAUCGAGUGGCGUGCAGCUGGUGGGAGCAAUGCGGAUGUCCAGGCCUUCAGAGAUGAUGUGAGGGAUGCUUUCGAUGCGGAGGACUGGGCCACACUGCGUCCAAAGAGUAGAGUAGACUGGACUGGAUUGGUCAAGGUCAUUGUGGACCGUUACGGGAAACACCUCGAGCUCCUCCACUCCGUUCUAGGAGACAAGACAACACGCAACACCACCGAGCGUGCCGAACUUGCGCGCGAGAGGCUCUUCAUUAUCCUCACACCAUACAUGCUCAAAACCAUUGUCCCAUCUAAGAACAGCACCAGCUUCUCCGAUGGCUCCAUCCCGAGCACGGAUACGGCCUGGGUAGCCCCAAUGGCAACUCUCUGCGCCCGAAGCUAUACACAUUUCACAAAGUACCUGCCCGUGGACCUCACACCCUCGGAACACCUCAUCCAAACCUCCAUCGAAGACGUUCUCUCCCAGAUCUGCCGUGUCCUCUCCACAAUGUGGGUCGACGCCUUCCCCAUCGAACGCCUCAUCGACUCUUCGACCUCCUCCAACUCGGACCACGACUCAAACCCCGCUCUGCAGCAACUCGAGCGCACUCUAGCCAUCUGGGAAUCAGAAGUCACCUGGUUGAUGGAAUGGCUAGACUGGAGCGUCUGGGGCGGAUGCAAGGAUGGAUGCAAGGACGACGAGAUGUGUUACAUUCCUACUGUUCCUCCCGAAUUCGGGAGCCCAGAACUCGGAGGCAGGUGUCUUUCGCGGUUGGAAAUUCCGGAUUUUCUGGAGAAACUAAUGUAGUAGUAUGGAGGGAGCCUUUUUCGGGAGGAAUUUGAUAUUUUACUCGUCCCGAUGGGUUGCAAAGCCGUCAUCCUUUCGUCCAAUCAUCUAUUUCUAAGUUUACGCCA